CUGACACCCUGGGGAAUCACAGUGCACUUGCUGAUGCGCACCAGUGUCAGCUAUCAUAGCAAGCACUCGUUUGGGAUUCCGGGGACCAUCACCUCGCCAAAGGAAUACCAUCCAGGGCUCUCUGCUCCUCCCCGUUCGACAGACAGCUGCAUCUUCUGGUGCAGGGCCAGCCACGUCCCCAAGACAGGAUGAUGAAGGUCGGAGUGAAUGGAUUUGACCAAAUUGGGCACCUGGUCACCAGGGCUGCUUUUAACUCUGGCAAAGCUGAUACUGUCACCAUCAAUGACCCCUUCAUUGACCUCAGCUACACGGUGUACAUGUUCCAGUAUGAUUCUACCCACAGCAAAUUCCGUGGCACAGUCAAGGCUGAGAACAGGAAACUUGUCAUCAACGGGAAGUCCGUCUCCAACUUCCAGGAGUGAGAUCCCACCAACAUCAAAUGGGUUGAUGCUGGUGCUGAGUAUGUUGUGGAAUCCACUGGGGUCUUCACCACCAUGGAGAAGAGUGGGGCUCACUUGAAGGGCAGAGCCAAGAGGGUCAUCAUCUCUGCUCCUUCUGCUGAUGCCCCUGUGUUUGUGAUGGGCGUGAACCACGAGAAGUAUGACAACUCCCUCAAGAUUGUCAGCAAUGCCUCCUGCACCACCAACUGCUUGGCUCCUCUGGCCAAAGUCAUCCAUGACCACUUUGGCAUCGUGGAGGGCCUCAUGACCACAGUCCAUGCCAUCGCUGCCACCCAGAAGACCGUGGACUGCCCCUCUGGGAAGCUGUGGUGUGACGGCCGAAGGGCUGCCCAGAACAUCAUCCCUGCUUCCACUGGCACCGCCAAGGCUGUGGGCAAGGUCAUCCCUGAGCUGAACGGGAAGCUCACUGGCAUGGCCUUCCGUGUCCCCACCCCCAGCGUGUCAGUUGUGGAUCUGACCUGCCGCCUGGAUAAAGCUGCCAAAUAUGACGACAUCAAAAAGGUGGUGAAGCAGGCAUCGGAGGGCCCCCUCAAGGGCAUCCUGGGCUACACUGAGGACCAGGUUGUCUCCUGUGACUUCAACAGUGACACGCACUCUUCCAUCUUCAACACCAAGGCUGGCAUUGCCAUCAAUGACCACUUCGUCAAGUUCAUUUCCUGGUAUGACAAUGUAUUCAGCUACAGCAACAGGGCGGUGGACCUCAUGGUCCACAUGGCCUCCAAGGAGUAAGAGUCUCCUGGACCACCAGCCCCAGCAAGAACAAGAGGAAGAGAGAGGACCUCAGCUGCUGGGGAGUCCCUGCUGCAACUUAAUCCUCCAACACACCGAGAGAAUCUCCUGACCUCCAAUUAACAUCCCAGACCCCGAGGAAGGGGUGGGGCUUGGGGAGCCCUACUUUGUCAUGUACCAUCAAUAAAGUAUACUGUACCCCCCCCCCAAAAAAAGAAAUACCAUCCAGGAGCCUCCUAUUAUAGCUGCACCACAAAUUUUACUUCCAAACCUAGCCAACUGAACUUUGCACAAAGUUCUGAAGAAAAAUAUGUUGAAGAAAAAGCAAAGAGGUUCUACUCUGAUGCUCUCCUAGCAGAGGGCAGAGAAACAAACUCUUUACACGUAGGUAUAAAGACUUGGGUAAAAAACUCAUCUUGGCUCUAGCACAGUAUUUUUAAAUAUUCCAAACCCACAAAAGGACCAAAAUCUUGUGUUCUUUGUACAUUUUAUUAUGUAAUAAUUGGGGCAGCCCGGGUGGCUCAGUGGUUUAGU